CUGCUUUUUUUUUAUCUAAGUACAUACGUCUGCUACACGUUGUUUAAAAUGUCACGACAUGUGAUAAAAUCGAGUCUUAUUAUACUACGUUUCUCGAUGGUAUGAAAAUUUGAAGGAAAAUUUCAUAUAGAAUUUAGAGGCCUUACGUAGAAACGCGGUUCUGUUUUAUCGACUUUUUAUUUUGGAAUUGGAGUGGCGUCCCUAACCUCCAAACGAAUUGAAUCCGCCAACAUUUUAUUUCAAUCGGCAAAGAUUUUGAUUCAUUAUAAGCCUGAUUAUAACGGGACUGUGAUUACUGAUGAAAAACGACCGAGAGACAAAGAUAAAUGGUCGCCCGAUUGCGGCUACGAUGAAAAGCCCGAGGCUGAGCCCAAAGGUGAAGUCAAGACGGACAUGGUUGCGGUGUUGCGUCGUCGGCACUUUUUUCAGGGGAGUCGUAUAUUUUUAGAAAUAUUGCACACAUUAUGCCUUGAUCGGCGCUGGGGGAUUGUUCAAAUGUGAUAGAAUCGAGCGACGUUUAGCACGAAAAUGAAUAAGGGCUGUUGGAAAUUGGACGAAGAGGACAAGGCCCUCUACAUUGAUCUUGAAGAGGACACAGAGGAUGAGAAGAAAGAAAAGACUUACAGUUGUUGGGAUCAGUUACCUGACAUACUACUCGAAGAGAUAUUUUCACAACUGACAAUCCGUGAACGCUAUUAUGCUUCGCUUGUCUGUAAAAGCUGGUACAGAGCUUUUAAGCUUCCACUGGUAUGGAAAACAUUUACAUUGGCAGACACAACUCUCACAAGAGGUAAAUUUAACUACUACAGUGGAUGGCAGUAUGUUCUGGAUCACAUGAGAACCUCUACUUGUCUAAACAAAGUUGGAAAAAACUUCAAGUGCCUUGUAUUUGAGCCAAUGAUGAAUUUCUACAAUCUCUAUGAAUUUAUGAACAUGAUAUCAUGGUACUCUGAGAGGCAAGGAUCUGACAACACAUCAGUAGUAGGUGUUGGAACUAACGUGCGUAGAUUGAAAUUUACUUUUCCCUGCAACAUGGCAAACAGAGAUAAUCCAGAUGCUAUGAGGCUUUUUGGUACAGGUGGAAAAUUAUUGGAAGCUCUUAAGAGGCUUAUGAGAAACCUUGAAAAUAUAAAGUGUUUAGAACUGAUAGACUUGAUGCUUGAUAGCAAAGAGGCAAUACAUUUAAUGGAUGACAUUUGUGCCAAUUGUACGCAGACCUUAUCAAAAUUAGUAUUAAUUAAUGCCACAAAAUUUCACUGUCCUCUCCUACAUGUUGGAGUAUUUUUGAACUUACAUACUCUAGUCAUUAGUCCUCAAAAUUUGCAUGAAGACGUGAUAGAUCUUUUGGGAUACACAAAGCUAAGACAUCUGCAUAUUCUACAAAAUCGUUAUAGUCCUAAGGAGACAGCUGCAUAUUUGCCAAAAAAUGCUGCCUGGAAAAACGUGAAGUUAAACAAUCCUCAAUUAAGGGUUCACUUUGAAAUUGAAAGUCAAAAGUCGUCUGAUGUUGUGCUGUCCUUUGAUGCAAAUUUGCCUAGUCUAAUUCCCGUCCACAGUAUAGUUUUAGAUAAUCCUAAUACACAGAUUUCAGCCUCAACAAUUCUAAGUCAUGCAGUGCAUUUCGGUAAAACUUUGCGUGUUUAUGCUUUGAAAGGAUUAACAAGAUAUUAUUUACAAAAAAUUUUCGCCAAGAGGAUAGACGAAAACAUCGUAAAGAUCUGCAAAUUGUGUCCAAAUCUCCAUACAUUGAUGAUUCGAGACAAGAUUUCUACAGCUACAUUAUUAGAAAUCGCAUCCACAGCUAAGCAACUACGAUUCCUACACGUUCGACGAAACGUUAUUUUAAAAAAGUGCGACGCCGAUUGGUUGACAAUUAGUGACUGGUCGCCCGAGCAUCGUAAGUGGAUUAAAGAUAAUUGUCACGAUUACGCCAAAACAGAGAAAGAAGUAUCUAAAAUAUUAGGAUAUCGAUGGCAUAUGCUUUCUGAAAAAGAAUUUGCAAGUCAAAAGAUUGACCUACAGAUAUAAUGAAUAAUAUUCCCCGCUGUCAUUCUUCUAAGUUAUUAUCAUGUACGAUAUUGUUUUUGCUACUGCCUUUAAAUCAUAUGAGGUACCUACUUUUUUAGAUUAAAAGUUGAAUCUAUUCAUAACUUUAGAAAAAAAACCAUUCUUAAUUCUUUCACAGUAUUUAUUUUUUUCUAAUUCAUAUGCGCUAUUUUUAUUUAUUUUAUUCUCAUUGUGAUUAUGAUUUUUUAUUAACUAUAUCAUUAAUGAAAAAUCCCUAUGCUUAUGCUUAUAUUGUAAAUAGGAAUUGUAUAUAAAAAAAUUGUCAUUUCAAAAUACUAUAUGUCUUAUCGUUAAUUAAUAAAUAUUUAAAAUAAUACUGUUAGUUUUUGUUAUUACAAAACCUAAUGACGGAAUGGGGAAAUAAAGACAAAGAUUUGUUAUUUAUAAUUGAGUUUAUUACAUGAUUGUUAUUGUUUUAUCAACUGCUACUCUGUAUGUGUAAAUGCUUUAUAUGCGUUACUUUAAUAAAUACAAGGCAACGUUUAAAUUAACGUCAUUUUCGAUUAAAUAAAAAACAAAUUGCUCAAUUUCAAGCAAAUUAACAAUGUCCGCGCCAAUAUAUAAUAAAAUAGAAUUGAUUUAUCUAAUAAUCGAUACACGUAAAGGAUCAAAAAAAUUUCUUUGAUAUAUGUACAAUAAAUUAUACAUGUAUACGUGUAUGUCAAGUUUACAAAAGUAGUAAAUAGACAUUAUACUAGAUUCUUAAGGGAAACGAGAACUUUGCCGGUCGCUUCAAAAUUCUUUUUCAUGUGCAUACAAUUUAACGUAUAUGAUUAUGAUACUAAUAAAUUUAAAAUACCAAAAAAAA